AUGGUUUUAUUCAUCACAUUCUAUCGCCUCAACGACUUCAUUGAAAGGGCACAGAAGCGUACUUCGUUUCCACACGCGUUCAAAAUAUUCCUGCUUAUUUCUGCAUGUUACGUGUUGUUUCAUUGGAACGCCUGCGUGUACUUUCUGUUCAGUCUUUCCGAAGGAUUAUCAGAGGACGAUACAAGCGCAUUUGGGUUUUCCUACUACAAAGUGUUCGAUCCACGGAUACCAACAUGUUCUGUGUUCAACGACCAAAAUUGUCAGUUCCCGGAAAAUUUCACUCCUAUGGACAUUGAUGAUUAUCGUCCGCGGUAUAUGCAGGAAAUGUAUGAGUUUUGGGCGGGAAAAUUUGUGAAAUGGGAAAUGGGUAAUUUUUCUCGUGAAUAUAGCAUGAGCAUUUAUUGGUCGGCUCUUACCAUAACUACUUGUGGUCAGCAGGUAUGUAUUCAUCAAAUCACCCUUUUGAAUUAA